AUGGACGCCGAUUUCGAGGGUCAGCCAGAGGAAUGCCCAAUAUUCCUGUGUGCGUUCACGGAGACAACUGCAGCCUACCAGUGCACCGAGUUGGAGAACAACCAGAGGCUAGUGAAAGCCCUGAAGGGAGAGGCUCGCGAAACAGUGAAGUCGUUGCUCAUCCAUCCCAGCAACGUACAAGCUGUUAUGGAGCAGCUACGAUUCCGGUAUGGACGCCCGGAGCAACUGAUCCGCAGCCAAUUGGAGAGCGUGCGCGAAGUGCAGCCGAUUCAGGAGGCCAACAUCGCAAGGAUCGUGCCGUUCGCGACGAAGGUUAGCAACCUGUCAGCGUUUCUGCAGUCGACCGCGACCGGCAGCCAGCACCUAGCCAACCCAACCCUAAUGGAGGAGCUGACAGCCAAGUUGCCGCUAAACAAGAGGUUGGACUGGGCAAGGCACGCGGCCACGAUACAGCCGUAUCCGACGGUGGCGCACCUGAGCGAGUGGCUCCAUGAAUUGGCCAAACUGGUGUGCACUGUCACGGACGCCGGAGCCAGAGAACAACCGAAGCGAAGGAUUCUGCACGCGAAUAGUGUUCGCGAGGAGGAGCGAUAUGUCGACCGCCCCAGAUGCUGCCCUAUAUGCGAGGGACAGCACCAGGUAAGGGACUGCAAGGACUUCAUCAGCGCCUCUACAAUUACACGGAUCGAGUCCGCGAGGAAGCGACGACUGUGCUUCUCGUGCCUGGAGCCCGGACACAUGUCCCGGUUCUGCAGGAAGAGCCGCGGAUGCAACGUCCUCGGAUGCCAGAUGAGGCAUCACCACCUGCUCCACGAAGUACCUGAACGAUCCAAACGGCCGCCAGUCGCAGAUGGGGGCCACAGGAGGGAUCAGGACCGACAGCCGUACAGAGACGACAACAAUCGGAGGGGAGUGCCACGGUCAGUGGAUUCCAGCGAAAGGAACCAUCCUACGACGGCCGCAGUUGUAGACGCGCGCCGUGAGCGGGAUGAAGGGCGAUCGGCGUACGAUCGCCAGGAGUUGCCGCACCGAAACCUCAACAUCGACUCAAUUGGAUGCCACCUGCUGUUCAGGAUUCUACCCGUGACGCUGUACGGCGAGAAUACGAAGGUCGACACGUACGCACUGCUGGAUGAAGGAUCGUCUGUCACACUCAUCGACGACGAACUCAUCCGCAGCCUGAACCUGAAAGGCGGGAGUCGACAGCUGAAUGUGCAAUGGUUUGGUGGAAAAUACGCCAAAGAGCACACGAAGGUGGUCAGCCUGCAGAUCAGCGCAGCGGGCAAACCAAAGCGCCAUGGGCUGAAAAAUGUGUACGGAGUGGCCAAUCUGAACCUUCCGAUGCAGAGCCUGCGUCAGGAGGAUGUACAAGCAGUGAAGGCGAACACGCGUCUGCCGGUGAUGCCGUACAACAAUGCGACGCCGAGGAUCCUAAUUGGACUGGAUCAUGCGCAUUUAGGAGUACCCUUCAGAACCAAAAGUUAUGGAUCUGGAGGGCCCCGAGCUCGCCGCCUCGAGACCGAGAAUUUCGGAGCGAAGCCGGUGCAGACAGUCGCAGCUGGCAGAGUGGACCUGGAGCAGUCAGUCGGAGAUAGCGGCGACGCACGGGCCCUGAGCACCCUGGAGAAGACCACCAAACGUGUAGGCCAGAGAUACGAGACCGGGCUACUAUGGAAGGACGACGAAGUCAGAUUGCCGGAGAGCUACAGCAUGGCCCUCAGGAGGCUCGUCAACAUAGAGCGUAAAAUGAAGCGCGAUGUGGACUUCGCGUCGGCUUACAUCCGGAUAAUGGACGAUUAUGUCAAGAAGGGAUACGAACGACGACUGGAGGCCCAGGAAGUCCAGAGGUUUCAGGAGGGCAAAGUGUGGUACCUGCCGCACUUCGGAGUGGAAAACCCGAACAAGCCUGGGAAAAUCCGGCUGGUUUUCGAUGCGGCUGCCAAGGUGGACGGUGUGUCUUUGAAUUCAGCGCUACUGAAAGGCCCACAGCGCUACAAGCCCCUCCCAGCAGUGCUCUUCCAUUUUCGGGAAGGAGCGGUUGGAGUUUGUGCAGACAUCAAGGAGAUGUUUCAUCAGGUACUGAUGCAGCCGAAGGACAGAUGCGCCCAGAGGUUUCUGUGGAGAGACGGAGACGACCAGCGAGAGCCGGACGUAAAGAUGGCAGUAAUGACCAGCACGGACCCGCGAGCAGCCCUGGCCAUCAACGAAUACCACUACGUGGAUGACUACGUCGACAGUUUCGCCAGCGAGGACAAAGCUAUCGCCAUCUCGACACGGGUGAGAGAAAUUCACGCUGAAGCAGGUUUUGAUUUGUGCCGAUUUACCUCCAGUUCGGCAAGUGUGGUCAGAGCGCUGAACCCACUUGAGCCCAUCGCCAGCGUCGGAUGGACCGAAGCUGAGGAGUAG